UCACUACUCGCUGGUCCCCUCUGACACCUGCAAGGGCUUAUGAGAAACUCAGUCAGUGUGUGUGCGUGUGUGUGUGUGUGAGAAACACAGUUUAUGUGUGCUUGUGUGUCCAUUUUGUUUUAAGUAAUACCACAGGCUGUGUGAGUAUGUGUGUGUGUGUGGGGGGUGUGUGCUGUCAAAGAAGAUAAAAGGACAAGCUACGGGUUUGACAAUCUGAAGGGGGAAAUAAUUAAACAAACACUGUAGACAAAGCAAAAAAGAAGUAGGAGAACACCAUGAGGACAAUCCGAAGAAGGACCAGGACGAGAAACCAUAAACAACAGAGGAGGAACAAAUGUGAAAAGGAAUUUAAGCGCCAUGGACUGGCCCUUUAGCUACAACGAGCGAGCCAUCAUGGACGACCCUUCCUCCACCCAAUCCUUCACCAACCUCCACCACCAUCGCCACCGCCCAUCCUUUCACCUCACCCUGCCCGGCCUUCAAAGCCCCGAAUUGGGGUACCCGUCCUGUCAGCCUUCCCUGGACCCUCAGGAGCAAUACGGAAGUAGAGGGGAAGACCCCACAAACUCCUUCCCAACAUCAAUUACCUCCUCCGAGGGAAGGAAGGGGAGCAGCGGGGGGGAAAGAGGCUUCCUGACCACGAGCGGUAGCGGCUUGGACGGAGGUGCUAACUUGGGUGGCCAUCUUGACGGAGGAAGCGGGUUAGGCGGCCAUUUUUCGGAUACUUGGUACGGCGACGGCAGAAAAGAAGACGUCUGGGAGGACGGGGAGAAUUGUGAAAGCGCCGAAGGCACCUUUUAUAGAAGAGGGGAUGGCUUCGGUAAAGCAAAUGACGGUUUUUACAGCGUGAAUUGCGGCAGUGAGGAGGCAGUCCGGCGCAAACUCAGAGCGGACUACAAUAAUUGUACCCAAGUUAGCUGCGAAGCGAAAGGCGAUACAGUUUACGACAGGGAGGCCAACGCCAACCACUUCACUAAGCAAACCACUCCAUGGGGGAGCUUCAGCAACAGCGUUGAUUUUUCACGGUUGAGUGAUAAUUAUUUGGGGAGAGAAGAAGACUACGGCUCCAGCUGUGGCUCGGGUGAGGAUCAGCUUCAACCAGCGGAGGGUGAUGGUCCCUGGUUUGGCGCCUCUCUUUCGAGUCACCCCGGAGAGGGCCGGUGGAGAGGAGCCGCGGACCCCGUGGGCCCCCUCGCGGUCAGCGGUGUGACGUACAUUCAGAAACUGGACUCCUUCUCCGAGGCUUUCCUCUCUCAGCGGAGAAGAAGGUUUCCGAUGAUUCCUGGCGGAGACUCUUCAGGACAGGUGUGGGACUUCGGCACGGGGAGGGUCGAAAGCCCUGGAUCGGUGAAGUCGGGACACAGCUGCGCUUUCGAUUCGGACACCCGUCUGCCUCCCUCCUCCUCCUCCUCCCCACCCACGCACCCCUCUCUCCUGUCCUACCCGUCCCCACCCACAUCAUCUCACAUCAUGUCUUCAGUUCUCAGUCCUCCUCCCACACCUCUAUCUCCUCAUUCCCACUCGCCCUCCAAAAUGGACUCUCCCGUUCAAUUUGGGGGCAGCGGACAUUCAGUGUCCCAGGGGGGUCAAUCGCUGCAGUUUUUCGCUCCUCACCUUCAGUCUUUCCCCCCUGUCCGUCCCGCGGGGAUGAUAUGGAAGUUUCCACAGCAGACCCUCGGCUUCCCACAGUCUCCAGGAGACCCGAGACCUUCUCACGGCAGUGACUAUGGCAAUGUCCCAGCCUCCCACCUUCAGUCUCCAGAAGCAGCAUUCCUCUCUUCCGCAUCCCAUCAUUCAUCUCUCCAUCCAUCCACAGCCCUCUGUCCCUCCAGCUCUCCAGCCCUUCAUCCAUCCUUCCAUCUUCCGUCUCUUCAGACUCACCUCUCCGGCCAACGUUAUGAGACGACAGAAAAGACAGCCCCGUACAUUGUGACCAAGAAUGUAAAGUACCAUGCCACUGUGAGUCAGUCACAGCAGCAAACUUCUCAAAUCUACACUGGACUUACAUUCCCCAGUAUCCUUCACUCCGCCAAAGGUCAGAAGAGAGGUCGCUACACUCCUCGACCGCUCCUCAAUCCCCUUCGUAGGGGGACGGGUCUCUACUCCUCCGUAUUGUCUCUCAACCACAGAGAGGACAAAACCACAUGCGGCGCAGAGGAAGACGGAUGUGUCGUGUCACCGUAUGUCAAUGUGGGUCAUAAUUUCCAGGCAGAGCUUCCUCGGUGCAUUGUAGAUGCGGAAGGGUUUAGAGUGUUGUCACCAGAGGAGAAAUCUCCCCUGGAACAGUUGCUUUGGAAACCGUGGGACAAGCUGGAGGAGACAACCCACUUACAAGACCAAGUGGAGCUGCUGCUGUCCAUGUGUAGUUCCAGCUGUGUACCAGGAGGGGGCAGCAACUCAGAGCUGACUAUGCACUGUCUGCACCACUGUCAGGGAAACACAAUGGCCACACUUGACAUGCUGCUGUUCUCACAGCCCUCGCCAACGGGAGACUACCACUACUCUGGUAGUGACUUUUGGACGGACGGUGAAAAGAGUCUCUUCACUGCAACUCUAGGAACUUAUGGAAAAGACUUUUCACGCAUACAGAAAAUGGUGAGGACUAAGACCGUGUGCCAGUGUGUGGAAUUUUACUACCUGAGCAAAAAGCUGCAGGACAAGUUGAUGAAACAGAAGGAGGAGGAGAACAGAGAAAAACUGUUGGAGCAGCAGAAAAAUAUGACGCCUAUCCGUCAGACAGCGCACAAACAGUUUGGCCUGGAGGAGGCGCUUCCUGUGGCCAGCUUCUUCCCGUGCAAGCUGUGUGGCAAAAUGUUCUAUAAAAUCAAGUCCCGUAACGCUCACAUGAAGAUCCACCGUCAGCCUCAGGAGGAUUGGACCGACCGGCGGCUGCAGCACCAGCUCCUCACCCAGCGUCUGGCUCUGGGUCACCCCAACAACCUCUUGCCCUCCCCAGGCGGUAACCUGCUCUCGCCCCAGGCGGCCGCUCUGACCUUUCCCUCUCCCGGCAACAACCCAAACGCAGACAAUGUCCUCAGCCUCGUAACCAAUAGCAACGGCAUCACUCCCAGCAACGGCAGUGUCCAGGAUCCCAUCGCCGUGGUAACAUACAGCAACGCCGCUCCGUCAAACUCUCGUGUGAUCGCCAACGUCGACGGCGUUGACUCGAACCCAAGAGAGCCCACCUCUGUCUUACCUCUCCACCAAUCAUGGGGCUCGUAUGGACGUGGCCCCGACCCCACUAGCUUCUACUGCAACACAGAAGGGAAAGACACCGUUGGAGCUGGGACAGCAGGCGGGAAAGAGCAAAUGAACUGGCAGUAGUGCUCAACUCUCUCAAAGGCAUCACCACCACCGAGCCUCACCAAAGGAUUUUUAUUCAGCUAGAUUAAAACUAAAACUUCAGUACUCUUUCAUUUACUUCAAAGAAACAUCGUCACAUUUUGUUUGUUUUGAUGUAAAUGGUGUAUUUAGAUAUGUUACAUAUUUCAAUGUUUUUUAUGCUUUUGAUAUUUGAAUAAAUUCUGUGACCUCA